UUGUAUCCCGGAAGUUGUAUAACUGCCCGGCAUCUGGACAGUGUAUUUGUUUUACGUAAAAUACUGUUUUAUUUAUUACUAUUUAGUUUCAUUUAGGUGAAAAUUAUGGUAAAUCUAGGUCUGAGAAGAGUGGACGAUGCGUUGGUGGCAAAACAUCCGGGAUUGGAAAGUUAUGCUGCCUGCCAGUCUCAUGCCUUCAUGAAGGGGAUUGGGACGUUUGUGUUUGGUGCUGUUGGCUUUUUCGUCAUCCAGAAAGUUCUGCAGAAGAGACUGCCCUAUCCUCUGCAAUGGAAUCUCCUCAUUUCCAUUGCCGCAUCGUCAGUAGGCAGUUAUGCCGUGACACGGUGGGAAACGCAGAAGUGCUCUGACCUCUGGUUGCUACUAGAAACUGGCAAAGUCCCAGACAGAUCAUCGCCACAGGUGCCUGAAGUAGAGGACGCAACAAAGACUGGGAAGACAAAAUAUGGUGAUGUGAUGGAUUGAAAGUUUUGGGACACUUGUUAGAUGAAACCUACCGUGAAUAUACCAUGAAUCCUCCAAAUGCCAAAACCGACAAGACCAGGGCAUUAGAUAACAACUUUUAUCAUGAUUUGGGGUGCAUGAAAAAGUGGAAAACACAAUGUAGCUAAUACAUUUUUAACGCUGUGUUGCAUUGAGUUGCAUGAGGCAUCAACUGUGCUUUCACGUGUCCAAGCGGCAUUAACAAGAGGAUGAACAUGAAUUUGGAGGUUAGGAUUUAGUGUGGCUCUUUUUGUAAGAAGCACAUGUUAGGCCUGUAAUCUGGUAUUAGUUUAUUUUUUGGUCGUGUUUGUUUGUUGGCUGUGUGACACAAUUUAAACACACAUCACACAGCGAUCAUCAAUGACCCCCCUUGGAAAUGUGCAAAUAUAACUGAAUUCAUGCCAACACAAUUGAUGGCUUGGUGAGUAAUCGUGUCAACGGUGUUGAUCAAAGCCUUUUAAAGGCUGACGUUUUGACACCAUGGAGCAGAUACAUCAUCAACUCUAGUCAUUUGAGCUGUUCAAAUGCACUUGUUUGUGCAAAUCAAACUAAAUAUGGUUAUGUGCCGCCUAUUCAAACAAUAGUGUCUUUAAUGGCAACAGUGAAGUGGACAAAGUCUCUCACUUUGGGGAGAAUAUCUGUCCAAUGCAGAUAAAGCAGGCGGAAUUUCUGGCUUUCACUUUGAAUGUUUUUUUGUUGUUCCUUCACUGUUACUUGAAGGCGCUAAGAUUGUUUUUUCACGUGAACGAGCCUUCCAAUCCUUUGUCACAUGCACAGGGAUGCCGCCUAAGAGAGAGACGCGUAGGAACAGAACAAACAGGACAAUUAAAGAUGGCGUAGAAUAACAUAAGCAGCAUGCGGCAUAGUUGGCAAGCUCCGGCAGCAACUUUUAUACAGCGUGUGUGCGUGUUUAGUGCAGCAGCACUGCAAGGACAUGACAGCGGAAGAUGAAGAGAGCGGGGUUGAGUGCUCAUUUGUCCGACUCAGAGUCAUCCCACUGAGGUCUGACCUCCUCUUUCUGUCACUCGCUUUCUUUGCUUAUAUAACAGAAGAUCAUGCGUUGAUCCCCCCCCCAAAAAAGGUCCAAUACAAACACUAAAGCUACCACAGGGUCAAAU